UGUGCAUGUUCAUGCACGGAACUUCUUCGACCUUCAAGUUGGAGGCACCAUCUGUUUCCUCGGCGGAACGGCGGACUCUCGGCUAGUUGCCCCAAUGUUGCCCGUGUGUCCACGAUGGCGCCUCUCCCUUGUUCGCUUCUCCCACCAAGGUACGAGAUCAAGCUGUGCCUCGUGCUGGAUCUUCCGGUUGGCGUCAAUUUCGCCCAACGUUGUAUCCUGCCAUCGUGCCGUAGUCGAUGAAGCUCAGAACCACGUCACCGUGACUUGCUGAGUUGGAAUGACAGAGCCUGAAGGUUGUGGCUCCAAGUCCGUGAACCAUGGCCAACGCUGCGACGUUGAGACCGCUCUAUCCGCCCGUACCCCUUCCUAUCAACGAACGACAAGCUAGUAUCGUAGUUAUUCAAGGAGUUGGUACACUGAAGCCCGAUGAUUGGGUUCAUGACAGCAAGAAAUGGCUCCAAGAACUCGCCGUGGAUUGCGGUGGGCGAGUCCAGCUUCUAGCCUACGACUACACCAUUCCCAUAUCCUCAGAGAAGCGCAAAUCUUCCGAGAGACGCAAACCGUCGGAGACUACAGUCCUUCAGCAGGUAAUUGCGCGGGGUGACGGGCUGUUGGAAUGUCUCCAAACGCUUGUUUCACGGAAUGAUGAAUCUCAGAAACAUCCCGUAUUUUUCAUCUGCCACAGCCUGGGCGGGGUGAUCUGGAAAAAGGCAGUCUGCAUUCUGAAAGAGCGGUUCUUCGAGCACCGCCACAUUCUCGAAGUCACCAAAGGCGUGUUAUUCCUUGGGACGCCUCACGUUCCUGAUGGCGUGGGCUCGGAAAAGAACCUCGUCGAACGGAUCCUCCGGUCAGCACAGAAAAAAGGCCUUCGGGAAAGUGCUCUCAGACCUGCUCAAGACAAUGAUCUCCUCGCCAAGCUGAGCCGGGACUUUGAGAGUACAGGGCUUGAUGUGCCAAUACUCUCGUGCUACGAAACCAGACCAUCUGAAAUCUACGGAAACGUGUUUGCGAGGGUCCUGACGAGACUGGCGACUCGCACACCCUCUCGCGCAAUUAUCGUGCCUAUGAAACUCUGCAAGAUUGGGUUCCCCGCAGAAAAGCUCAUCGAGAGGGACUGCGCACACCAUGAGCUUUGUAGGGUCCCGCCAGCCGAGCCCCUGUAUCACGCUGUGUGUAGCUCGGUCAAGGAAAUUAUCGCCAACGCCCAGGCGCCCGAGGAGGAACCGCGUGGCGGAAGCGCUCUUGCUGGGCUAGAGCUCUUGACGCUGCGAAGCCAGAGCCUCCAAGGGGCGGUUGGGCGCGGUAAUAGACUGCUGCAGCCCCCAGACGCCAAUCCGUCACCCCAGAACUCAAGUCUGAGGACUCCCAUGGACAGCCGCGAAGCCGCGAAGGGGUCAGCAACGGAGGCAUCCUUUGAGAUAGUUUACCCCCCGUUCGACCCCGUGAAGAAGGACCUAACACUGCCAUGCUUCACCAUGGGGGCCUAUCAGAAAAACCCCAAGUUCUUCGGGAGGGGGGAAAUCCUCCAAACGAUCGACGAGGUCCUGCUCCCGGAUGGUGGCCCAGGCGCUGAGGGCAUGGAAUAUAAUAACCUCAAAUUCUUCGCCUUGUGUGGGCUGGGUGGCGUUGGGAAGACGCAAAUCGCCGUCGAGUAUGCCUACUCUCGGAGGGACAGAUUUGACGCCGUGUUUUGGGUUGCAGCCGACGACAAGAACAUUCUCACACAAGAGUUCGCCCAUAUCGCCGUCAGCCUUGGGCUGGUUGACCAGGACGCGGCACAAGACCUGCAGGACUGUUGCCAUCAGGUCAAGGGGUGGCUCUCGAACCCCGUCCGGUCGCACGACACGGUACAACAGCCAUCGAACGAGGCGUCGUGGCUUCUGAUCUUCGACAACGUGGACAAGGUCGAGGUCCUGGAAGACUUUUGGCCCAGCACGGGCAUCGGUUCGGUGCUGCUCACAAGCCGGGACGGAGCUGCCAAGUCGCAGCCCUUCACGACCAAGGAAGGCAUUGACCUAGAGCCUUUCACAAAGACAGAGGCAGUUGGCUUCAUCGAGGCACUAGAUUCCCGGGCUUCCCAGGCGACGCAAGCAGAGUUCGUCGGCGAGAUCGUCGACAGGCUGGGUCACUUUCCUCUCCUCGUCGAUCAAAUCCCCGGCAUCAUGGACCGAGAGCGGCUCUUUUCGUACGAGGACCUCCUCCGCCUCCUGAAGGAGAACGGCGUCGAGAAGGUGGGCAAAGGCGGGUCGCAGUCGGCCCAAAUUUUCUCGGCCUUUACCAACAUUGGCCUUGGUGGCCUGUCGGCAGCAAGCCUCAGCUUACUGGAGAUGCUCUCGUUCCUGGAUCCCGACAGGGUCCCAGUGAGAAUCCUUACCGAGCCGCUUGGGAAAUUCACCAUCAGCGACUUUCCCGCUACCUUUUUGGAUUACUGCAAGGCGCGAGCGCAGCUAGUUAUGUCGUCCCUCAUCAAUCACAACACCAACGAGAGGGAAGACGAGAAACAGGAAGGGAAGAAGAAGCAGGAGGAAAAUGAGGUAGGGGAGCAGAUACGGUUGCACCGCAUCGUCCAGGAUGUAGCACGAGGCCACAUGACUAAGACGCGGUACCUCGACAUGCUGGAAUUCACUAUCCGUGCCGUGUCUCUCGUUUGGCCUUUCGGCGAGCUGGUCGAUCGUUUCAACAGCGCGAGGUACACGGACUGCAAAACAUAUUUCCCUAGCGUCACCAGGUUGAAAAUCGCACUCGAAGAGACCUAUCGGCCCGAGACCGAGGUCUGCCGGAACCCGGAUAUCAGCGCCAAAUUGCUCAACGACGCAGGAUGGUACUGGUUUGAGAGAGGGAACCCGCAAGAGGCAAAGGAGUAUUUCAGGUUGACCGAGCUGCUGUACGCGCGCGCAGCAGACAUGAAGACGCCCGAGAGGACCUACAUGCUCCGACGAGCCAAUCUCAACCACGCCACGGCUAGCAUGGAAACCAACGACCCGGAAGACUGCUUGGCACGGUACCGAAGAUGGCUUGACGACUCCGAGUCGUCACAGCUAGAGUCUGGUCUCGAGGAGGGCAAGUACCGGUACGAAGUCGCCUGCAUCUACAACGAGGCGGGUGUCGCAUACGCCAUGAACAACAUGAUAGAUGAGGCGAUUGAGCACUUCAACAAGUCGGUUAGCCUGUUUCAAGAGCUCGACGACUAUGACGAAACGAUGCUAAACUGGCCGGUUCCAAAUCUUGGCUUCAUGUACUGGAUGCAGAAGAAUUAUGAUGAAGCCGAGCGGGUACUCCUGGGGAUUCUCGAAGUUCACGAGAGGGAAUACGGCGUUGACGACACCAGGUCAUUCAAGACCGGAAAGAUGAUGUACGCACUCGGAAAUGUGUACACAAGUAUGGGCUCCCUAGAACAGGGGUUCGCCUUUCACAUUCGGUGUUUAAAGCAGUACCGAGCCACCUUGGGUGAUAAGCAUCACCGAGUUGGGGAUGUGUCCCAUCGGCUAGCAGACCACUACAUACGGCUGGGCAACUUCCCGGAAGCUGAAAAAAUGAUCAAGCUAUGUCUUGACAUAUUCUCCAGCCGCCCGUAUUACAAGAACGAGCUAGCCAGGACGACAUACAAGCAGGAGCAGAUGUUGCGUGCCAUGGGAAAAGAGGAACAGGCCGAGGAGCGGCAUCAAGAGGCCUUUCGUCUUUACCGAGAGCUUGUUCCGGGUGAUGGGCGGACGAUCGAUGAGCUGUCAGAAGCCGAUUAUGACGACUUGGUAAUAUUUUGGUCUCGUUAAAAAUCGCAAUUGGGAGAUUGGGAGCGGUUCAGCGAUGGGCUUAACUCUCGUCACUCCGAUUGUGUCACUUGAUCGGGACGAGGAAAAUUCGAAAAGAUGGACAGACAUGGUUGAACGAUAUAAGAAGGGCGGGGAGCAUUGGGUCAGACGUCACCGCGUAACUUCCCUCGACGAAUAACCUCCGUAAGAAGCCCCUCAUCUGAUAAAUCAAGCCGUGGAAUGUGGUCUAAGGCGUAAAUAAAAACGUGAA